CUCACUCACUGCCUGCCUGCACGGAGAGAGCCGCACCGCCGACCACAGAGAGGAUUUAUUGAAACUUUAUCGCUUAUUGAUUUGCAGUUGUGUGUCUCGUGCUGUUUCUGAUCGAUCAUGAAGGAAAGGAGACUCACGCAGCCGUUCGUCGCGAGGUGUAAACUUGUGCUGGUCGGGGACGUCCAAUGCGGUAAAACAGCGAUGUUACAGGUCCUGGCUAAGGACUGCUAUCCAGAGACGUACGUCCCAACUGUGUUUGAGAACUACACCGCCUGUCUGGAGCUUGAAGACCAGCGUGUUGAGCUCAGCCUCUGGGACACAUCAGGGUCUCCAUACUACGACAACGUCAGACCUCUCUGCUACAGCGACUCAGACGCAGUGCUCUUAUGCUUUGACAUCAGCCGACCAGACACAGUAGACAGUGCGCUGAAGAAGUGGAAAGCGGAGAUCCAGGACUUCUGUCCCAGCACACGGAUCUUAUUAAUAGGCUGCAAGACAGACCUGCGCACAGACGUAUGCACGCGCAUGGAGCUGUCCAAUCAAAAACAAACUCCCAUCUCCCAUGAACAGGGUUCGUCCAUGGCCAAGCAGCUCGGAGCAGAGGCUUACUUGGAGUGCUCAGCCUUCACAUCAGAGAAGAGCAUCCACAGUGUUUUCCGUACCGCGGCUCUAGCCUGCAUGAACAAACUCCAGCCUGCCAACAAACCCAGCCCCGUCCGCCGCCUCUCCAAAAGACUCCUACACCUGCCCAGCAAGACGGAGCUCCUCUCCUCCACCUUCAGCAAGGACAAGUCCAAGAGCUGCUCCAUCAUGUGAAUUCUGCUGAGCUCAUGAAAGCAAGGACAGGCAGACCUGCAGAUGGUUCAGCAGGGGGUCCAGGGUGUGCAAGGGAAAGAGAGCAAUGAUGUGGAUUUCUGCAAAGCCUCUCUCUCCUUUGCAGCAUCCUCCCCCAAAACUCCCAGUCAACCACUUCAACUGCUACACUCGCUAUAUUCAACUCUGACCUUUGAUCAUGACACCAGCACACAGUGCAGAGACGGAGUGGGGAAAAAAAAAAAUUCUUGAUCAAUUAAAUGCACCUGUACAAAGAGAGCGUAACAGGCACUUUAAGGCAUAAAACCUGUUCCUCACAUGAAGGUUAAAGUGAGAGAUGUAGCUUAAAUAAGGUCAGUGCCUCCUCUUUUCUACAGGGGAAGUGGUUGUAAACACUGCAUUUGACUGCAUUACACUGAUGAGACCCAUUUGAAAUUCUGAUAGCGCCCCUUUUCCCAUCCAUCUCUUUAUUUGAAUGUUUCUUUAAGGUCAUGAUACGGGGCUGAGUGACGAGAUGAAAUGUAAAAUCGGACAGUGACAGGAAGUGGUACCUACAGAAAUGCGGCUCUGGGAAUUUAAAACAGGGAUCUUUGAAGAAAUUAUUCCCCC